UUCGAUUCAAAACUCAAAAAAAUCAAAAACCAAAAAAGAAAAAAAAAAGAAGAAAAAUCACAAAAAAUGGAAGAAGACGAUCAGCAGAAAGCAACAGAUCUAGUCCACGAGCUCGUCCUCCGUCUCCUCUCCCAAAACCCUAAAACCCCAAACACCCACCCCGAUCCCAACUCCCCUACCUUCCUCAAAACCCUCCGCUACGCCCACCGCAUCCUCCGCAGCCGCCUCACCCCCUCCGUCUCCCCCGACUCCGCCGCCAUCGCCGAGUCCCUCACUCGCCGCCUCGCCACCCAAGGCAAAUCCUCCGACGCCCUCUCCUUCGCCGAUCUCUACACCAAGUUCUCCUCCAAGACCGGCCCCGGCAGCGUCAACAACAAAUGGUCCCUCCUCCACCUCCUCAAAAUCGUCUCCGAGGAUCGCCAAUCCGCCGCUAACGGCCUCGAUUCCUCGCUUCUCCUGUUACCUAAUUUGAAUCUCGACGACGCCGUUUUAGGUCGUGGGAAGAAGAAGGAUUGGAGUAAUAAUGGAGGAGUUCUGUUAGUUAGUAAAGAUCCUGAGAAUCUGAGGGACGUUGCGUUUAGAGAGUUUGUUAGUUUGGUUAAGGAAGAGAGUGAGGUUACUGAGGAGGUUUUAGUUAGGGAUGUGUUGUACGCUUGUCAAGGGAUUGAUGGGAAGUUUGUUAAGUUCAACAGUGAGAUUGACGGUUACGCCGUUGUGGAUUACGUUAAGGUGCCACGUGCUACCAAGACUAUGGUUCGUAUGCUCUCUGAGCUUGGCUGGUUGUUUAGGAAAGUUAAGUGUUUCAUCUCCGAGAGUAUGGAUAGGUUUCCAGGGGAAGAUGUGGGAACUGUGGGGCAAGCGUUUUGCGCGGCGUUGCAGGAUGAGUUGUCUGAUUAUUAUAAGUUGUUGGCUGUGUUGGAAGCUCAGGCGAUGAAUCCUAUCCCUUUGGUUUCUGAGUCGGUUAGUGAGAGUAAUUACCUUUCGUUGAGGAGGUUGUUGGUUUGGUUCGCGGAGCCUAUGGUGAAGAUGAGGCUGAUGGCGGUUUUGGUUGAUAAGUGUAAGGUGUUGAGAGGUGGGGCGAUGGCUGGGGCUAUUCAUUUGCAUGCGCAGCAUGGUGACCCGCUUGUUCAUGGGUUUAUGAUGAGUUUGCUUAGGUGUGUGUGUUCUCCGUUGUUCGAGAUGGUGAGGAGUUGGGUUCUUGAAGGGGAGUUGGAGGAUACUUUUGGUGAGUUCUUUGUUGUUGGUCAGCCGGUUAAAGUAGAUUUGCUUUGGAGAGAAGGUUAUAAGCUUCACCCGGGGAUGCUUCCGUCUUUUAUUUCGCCGAGUUUAGCUCAGAGGAUUCUGAGAACUGGGAAGUCUAUAAACUUUCUUCGUGUUUGCUGCGAUGAUCACGGUUGGGCUGAUGCUGCUUCAGAAGCAGCUGCUGCCUCUGGGACGACGACCAGGAGAGGAGGUCUCGGGUAUGGGGAGACGGAUGCGCUUGAGCAUCUUGUCACCGAGGCAGCAAAGAGAAUCGACAAGCAUCUGUUGGAUGUGCUGUAUAAGAGGUAUAAGUUUAAGGAGCAUUGUCUAGCGAUUAAGCGUUAUUUACUACUUGGUCAAGGUGAUUUUGUCCAGUACUUGAUGGAUAUUGUAGGACCCAAACUUUCUGAGCCAGCUAAUAAUAUUAGUUCAUUUGAGCUUGCUGGGUUUCUUGAAGCUGCAAUUAGGGCGUCUAAUGCGCAGUAUGAUGACCGUGACAUGCUAGACAGAUUGAGGGUGAAAAUGAUGCCUCAUGGCAGUGGAGACAGAGGCUGGGAUGUAUUCUCAUUGGAAUAUGAGCCCAGGGUUCCAUUAGAUACUGUGUUCACUGAGUCUGUUUUGUCGAAAUACUUGAGAGUGUUCAAUUUUCUCUGGAAGUUGAAAAGGGUAGAGCAUGCUCUUAUCGGAAUUUGGAAGACCAUGAAACCAAAUUGCAUCACUUCCAAUUCAUUCGUCAAGCUCCAAAGUUCAGUGAAGAUGCAACUGCUCUCAGCCCUGAGGAGGUGCCAGGUUCUUUGGAAUGAAAUGAACCAUUUUGUUACCAACUUUCAGUAUUACAUCAUGUUUGAGGUGUUGGAGGUGUCAUGGUGUAAUUUCUCAAAAGAAAUGGAAGCUGCUAAAGACCUCGAUGAUCUUUUGGCAGCUCAUGAGAAGUACCUCAACUCCAUCGUUGGAAAAUCUCUUCUGGGUGAACAGUCGCAGACCAUCAGCAAAUCUCUGUUUGUCCUUUUUGAGCUUAUAUUACGGUUCAGGAGUCAUGCAGAUCGUUUGUAUGAAGGAAUCUACGAGCUGCAAAUAAGAACUAAAGAAUCAGGGCGAGAAAGGAACAAAACGCAAGAGUCAAGUUCAUGGAUCAGUGAGGGUAGGAAGGCCAUAACACAGCGUGCUGGAGAGUUUCUUCAAAGCAUGAGUCAAGACAUGGACAGUAUUGCAAAGGAGUACACAACCUCACUAGAUGCAUUCCUGUCUCUUUUGCCACUCCAACAAUCUGUAGAUCUCAAAUUCCUCUUCUUCCGGCUUGACUUCACUGAGUUCUACAGCCGGUUGCAUUCCAAAGGAAAAGAAAGUUGAAAAAGAAUAUAUCCGAGUUUAGUUGCAAAACCAUAUUCCACAGUAGCAAGAGAAGAAGACAUGCUCUACUCUGACUAACCGCUGACUGCAGCAUGGGGCUUGCAGAGGAUUUUUUCUUGAAUCUAGGUGCGUGGAAAGAAUCUGUUUUUUAAUGAGACUGCCUCGUAGAUUGUUGUUUCAAUGGCUUUGGAAUUGGGAAACAGAUUCUUUGGUGUUGGUAAAAUUGGGUUUGUGUUUGAGUUUGUGCCAUCAUGAGUCUGUUAAUCUGCAGCUUUUAGUUUUAUUUGUUUUUUUCUCUAUGUGGUUUUCUGUAAGCUCUAUUUGAGAGCUUUCGCUGAUUUGUAUGAUUUUGCUUCAUGAUGAAUCAUGACUUGGUUUUAUUGAGAUGAGAAUGAAUUAGUUGUUUGAUAAUAUUUGUAUAUUUUUC